AUGAAGUUCAGCCAUGAAUUGCCCAUUGUGGAGGUCGGGAUUGUAAUUCUGUGCCUGGGUCUGUGGAUGCCCAUUGCGAGGGCUACUCAUGGCGAGGUAGAGGCCCUGGAUUUGGCCAAGCGCAUGGCCAUGACAUCCAUGAAAGAGUGGAGCGUCGUGGGGCCUGCAAAGGACAGGUUUCAGUACGAGCUCGGCGUGUAUCUGGCCGGCAUUGAGCUCGUCUGGGAAGCGACGGGCGACAGCAAGUACUUCGACUACAUCAAGUUCAAAGUGGACCGCCAUGUAAUGGACAACGGCACCAUCGCCGGCAACUACAACCUCACAGAGUUCAACAUUGACAACAUCAUGACGGGCAGGCUCGUGCUCAUGCUCUACAAAAAAACAGGCGACAGGAAAUACAAGAUCGCCGCGGACAUUCUGCGGAAGCAGCUGCGGCAGCACCCUCGCAUCCGGGAGGGUGGCUUCUGGCACAAGCUGGUUUACCCUUACCAGAUGUGGCUGGACGGACUCUACAUGGCGCAGCCAUUCUACGCCGAGUACGCGAAGCUCUUUCACGAGGCCACGGUAUUCGACGAUGUUGCCUCACAGUUCAUCAUCAUGGAGAGACGCUCCCGGGACUUCACUACCGGGCUUCUCUACCACGGUUACGACGAAUCUCGUGUGCAAAACUGGUCGGAUCCUAAGACCGGCCGCUCUCCGAGCUUCUGGGGUCGCGCAAUGGGCUGGUACUUCAUGGCCAUCGUCGACACGCUCGACAUUAUUCCCAAGCACCACCCGAAACGAGCUCAUCUCCUUGCAAUCACCCGUAACAUCGCGGUGGCCUUGACGAAAGUGCAAGAUUCGAAAUCUGGCUUGUGGUGGCAAGUCCUCGACAAACCGAACCAGAAGGGCAAUUACCUUGAGUCCUCCGCCUCCGCCAUGUUCGUAUAUUCGUAUGCCAAAGGCGUUCGCAAGGGCUACCUCCCCCCAAAAUACCUCAAGAUCGCCAAGCAAGGCUACGCCGGCAUCGUCUCGAACUUCAUCACAGGAACUGCGGAUGGCGGGGUGAAUUACAAUCGCAUUGCAAGCGUGGGAGGCCUCGGGGGCACGCCAUACCGCAAUGGGACUUUCGAGUACUACAUCAGCGAGCCGAUCGCGACGAACGACCCGAAGGGCGUCGGUCCCUUCAUGAUGUGCAGUGUAGAAAUGUCAUACGCCUCAGUCUCCAUGCGCCGCCCAUGA